AUGGCGCAGUUCCAGCUUUCCGCAGCCGGACACAGCAGCCCCAAGUGUGAACUGGGAGAAACUCUGCUGGGAGGAUACACCGAGCUGAGAGCCUGCUUGGCCGAGCAAUUGAAUGAAGGACGGUCAGAAGCUGCUAGCAUCGCCUUGCUCACCUUGCAGAAACAUCGCCGUGGUCGAUGGCUGGUGGACUUGAGGCUUGCCUUGGCCCUACAGGGUGAAGCAACGCAAUGCUUCAGCAUCGAUGGGGAGGAGUGCUUGUGGAGAAGCGGACCAUGGAAAUCUAGCGACGGAAAGAGCAAGUGGAAGUUGCUGAUCAAUUGCGUCAGCGAUGCUGCUCCAGCCUCCAUUCAGCGCCGUCUGCUCGCCGCGAUGCUGGACGCGGAAUCGCGUGGAGUCUUUGUCUCCAACGGCGUCGAAGCAUUCAUCGCAUGCGCGGGCAAGGUAGCGCAGCAUGCCUUGCUUCGGCGGUUGCAGCUUCCAUCGCCCCAGAGCGCUGUGGUCACUGAGGCCUCGGGCGAAGAGCUGGCCCAAAGGGCUGAGCAAGAACAGAUGCAAUACCCCUUGCUGCUGAAGCCAAAUGCAGGUGGUUUCGGCAACGGCAUCCUGCGCUUCGACAGCAGCGCGGCCUUGCGCGCCUCUGUCCAAGCGGAGUUGAAAGGCGCCUUUGGAGAGGAUGGCCUGGCGGUGCUGCAGGAACAGCACAGGCCCCGACACGGCUCGGUGGGACGGAUCUGGAUGUUGGAUGGCAAGGUGCUUUGUGCUGUCUUAGCGCCUGUCAUGGAGCUUGGCCAAGAGGGGCCCUCCGGGCCCUCCGGCUGCAUGGCCGACGGCCGCGCCGCCACGGCGGCCAGAGCGUGGCAACCGCCAGCAGGUGUGCAAGACGCUGCUGGUCGCAUUGUGGCGGCAGCCAAGGCUAAUUGGGGCAGCAUCGAGGUGAUCUGUCCAGAGGGUCGAGACACCGACGCGGAGGCUGAAGAGUGGCUCUUCUUCGAUCUGAAUCUGUCAUGCAUCAGUACCAUGCCAGAUCCAGCGUUGAUCUUGGACCCCGAUGGCCUUUGGCCCACAGGUUUCGACCCCUACGCGAGCCUGGCGAGUUAUCUGUGCCACAGGUCCUGGUCCGCGUCCCUGAUUCUCUGGUACCUCCUCUUCAACGCCUCAGUGGCAGUGGAGGAGUCUAUGUGGAACCACGUCAAGCAGAAGGACGAGGCACUGAUGCUUCCACAUCUGUGGUAUGGCUUCAAAACAGCACACUCGCAGGAGGCCAGCACAAACUCCGCAUCACCGAGAAGGGCAUUGCAGUGGCUCGAUUUGGGAACCGAUACCCCAUGGAACCCAGAAGAUCGGAGUUCUCAACAUGCUCAAGGCUUGGAAAUGGAAGGCUUGGGUCGCGCCACGGGCCUUCAUUUGCGCCGCCUGAACGAACUGCCGCGGCACGGCACAGCGCGACGAAAAAAGCUGUGCCGCGGGGUGCCGCGCUGGGAAGCAGAACAGAUCGAUCGCACCGUGCGUGAGCUCGAGCAACAGAUUUUCGCAGCCGGGGAAAUCGUGGUGCAACAAGACGAUCCUGCAAGGCACUUUUACCUCAUCCAGCGUGGCACCGUGGUGGUGCGAAAGGAUGGAAAAGUGUUGAGAACCUUAGGGAGGUGGGACUAUUUCGGCGAGCGCGGGCUGCUGCUGAAGGAACGCCGCUCCGCCACCUGCCAGGCCUUGGACGAGUGCAUUUGUUUGGUCUUGGACGCAGAUGAAUUCUUCGAGAUCGUGGGACACUUCCGCGAUGAGUUGGAACGGAGGAUGCAGCUGCAGGAUCUCAACCUGAACAUCUCUGAUCUGCAGUGCAAAGCGGUGGUGGGUCGCGGCACCUUCGGCGUGGUGCGCCUCGUGACGCCCAGGGAUAAGAAGGAUGCUCCAGAAUAUGCGCUGAAGUGUGUGAAGAAAUCACAGGUCGUACGGGGGAGGCAAGAACGCGCCAUCGUCAUGGAGCGUGAGGUGAACGCACAAUGCUACCACCCCUGCAUCGUGCAGUUCAUUAAGACUUUCCAGGACAAACACCACGUCUACUUUCUGACGGAAUUCCUGGGCGGUGGCGAUCUCUUCUAUGCCAUCCGUCUCAUUGGGGCCUUGAACAAGCUGCAGUGUCAAUUCUUCUCCGGUUCCAUCGCGUUGGGCAUUGAGUAUUUGCACGGCCGUGGCAUCAUGUACCGCGACCUGAAACCUGAGAACGUUCUUCUGGACUUCGCGGGUCGCGCCAAGUUGGUGGACUUCGGCUGUUGCAAGAAGGAGAUCCGGGCCAACACCUUGGUGGGAACGCCGGAGUACCUGGCACCGGAGGUGAUCAAGGGGAAGGGCUACACCAAAAGCAUCGAUUGGUGGUCCCUUGGGGUCAUGCUCUACGAGACGAAAUCGCCCUCAACCUGUCACAAUUCCUGCUGGUGCGCGCCGCGUGCGCCCCAGGGAAGAAGGAUGUGUAUUUAUAGUGGCAUUGAGGCCAUGAAAGCGAAGCCUGUGAAGGCAGUGAGUGACAGGCCACCGCAACCGUACCAGUUGGCUCAUCAGGGCACAAGGGCGCUACAGUCGUGGACUCCCAUCAGCUCUGCCAAUGAGGCCAGGUCAGUGUGUGACUGCGCAGAAAUGAUCUACGAGCAAUGGCACAAGGUGAUGCAGGCCAUAUGCAAGCACGGUGACAUAGUGGUUAGCUGCUACAAGUCGCGCCCUCACGCCAAAAUUGUCACUUCUCUGGGGCCUAAGCGCCUCAUAAAGGAGGCGAUGCCCCGCUUACCGGCAGUCAUGAGCGUCCCCACAGUUUCGUUGGAGAAGGUUCCCAGAAAUAGCGGUGCCUCAAAGGUUCAACCGUUCGUCGUGGGGCCUAUCCCUUUCGGGGCUGGAGAGGAGGAUCAAAUGAAGCUCUUCGCAGCGAUCAACGAGGCGCUUCAAGCCACCAGGGGUUGUGACAAAUUGGCGCCCUUGACCUUUCCCAAUUACGUGCCCGACGAUGCGACGCAGGUCUUGUCGGGCCUCUUGGAACGCCGCCCCGGACGGCGCCUGGGUGGUGGACCCGGCGGCGCCAAGGGGUGUAUCGCCACUGGAGGUGUUCACGUGUUCACCACCACAGGAGAGAUCAAGAAACAUCUCUGGUUCAAGUCGUUCGACUGGGAUGCCCUGGCUGGUGGCUUCUUCCCACCACCCUGGCAGCCGGACGCCAAGGCGCAGAUGAGCAAUUGGGAGGAGGGACUUCGAGACUUGCCUUUGGCAAUGGCUGCCAAGCAGCAUGAUGUUGAUUUGGUGAAAGCGCUGUUGGAAAACACGGUUAGCCUGAACUUGCUUCCUGAUGAAAUUUGCAUUGCUGCACUGCCGGAGCCCGAUGGAGAUCUGAUGGAUCAUGUGAGCACCGAGACCUUCGGCUUCGGCAAAGGUGGCGUUCAACCGGACGUUUCGCCAUGGGGAGUUCAGUAUUUCAGUGAUUUUAAUGUGAGUCGUCACUUGCGCCGGCUGAAGGUCUGGUUGACGAAAAAGCGGCACAGCUUCGACAAUGGUCUCCAGGUCGACACGAGGCGUGUGGCUUGUGGCUGUCCUCUAUGCUGCUUCCUACAGGUUGGCCGAUCCCUCUGCGUCACUCAACUGUUUUCCUUGCUGGCCAAACAGAGGACCGCCAAACAUCCCAGUGAGGCAGACAUUGCUGCCCUGGAAUCUUCCAACCCCGCCAGCCGCGUUUUCUCCAUGCGGCAACUCACAGGAACCUGGCUCCUUUCGAGCCCCAAGGAGAAUGCGCCCAAAGGGUUGAUGUCUGGCGACAUUCCACGCAUGCUCUUGAACCUUUAUGCCGGUGACAUUGGAAGGAUGUUGAGCAUGGAACUGGUCACGGAUCCUAAGCUCUUGAUUGCUCCAGACGGACGCACAGAGACCCAGACGCGCCUCAGGUGGGGUCAACAGGAAGACGACAUCAGCCUCCAGGGCAGCUUGGAACUCAUCGCGCCCAACAUCUUGCGCGAGAAGCCCAAGCUGACCCGUUCCAAAGCGCUGAAGCUUACUUGGCCGGCGAUGCAGAAGCCCCGGGUCAUGAACAUCACGUACUUCGAUGGAAACCUCCUCAUCGUCCGCGAUGCGCGGGGAAUUGUGGACGUCCUUAGACGAGAGGAGCCCCUGCGAAAGUUGCCUCAGACUCCAGGACCAUCCGUGAGUCCUCCACAGUCAGGACCGGUGGUUCAAAAUGUGGUUCCAGCGGUGAAGAAAGCGGCCACGCCCAGUGAGCAGGUCCACGGCCUCCUGGAAGAAGUUCAAAGCCUCAGCAGCUCCUUGGAGGCACUUCGAAACCAAAGCACCGAAGACCAGCAGGCCCGGCAACAGUUGGCCAAAGAGAUUGAGAGGCUUGAGAAGGAGUUGGACACUGCCACUAGCAAUGCGCGCGCCGACAACGUCAUUCUGAAGGCCCUUGAGAAAGUGAACACGAAGGUCACAGGCCUCUUUGAGGCGCAAGCCGAGAAGACGCAAGAGAAGGCGCGCACCUACGAAGACCUCCAGUCCGAGAUGGUUGGUCUUACCACUCGCGUUGCUGACUUGGAGGAGAAUAUCACCAGGUACCGCCUCCGCGAAGGCACGUUGCUCAAGGAGAUCCAGGCCCUUCAGUCCGAACGUGCCGCAGGCGACGCGUUCCGCACCGCAAUGCAGCAGGCCAAGGGCGAGUUGAAGACGGUGCGACACGACUUGCGCGAGUCCAUGCGGGACGUGAUGCGCUUGCGGGAGGAAGCGCGCAGCCACAGCUACGUCGUGGAACGCGCUCAGAAGCGUGCGGCCAACGAGUUGAAGGCCAGAAUGAAGAUCGAGGAAGAGCUCUUAGACCAAAAGCAAGGCCGAUCUGAGGCACAGGAGCGCCUGUCCCAGGCCGCCCAGGUCGAAAAGGACUUGAGGGAAGAGCUGGCCAACCUGCGAUCCGAGUUCGAGACCUUGCAGCAACGGGAGGCCAAAGCGCGGGAGAUCGCCAAAGGGAUGGAGGCAGAGAUCGACGAGCUGCUGAAGGAGGCAAAGACCGCACAGAAGACGCUGCAGCAGAGCGGUUUAGAUAAGAAGAAGCGGGGCUUCUGGGUGUCCAACGGCUCGUUUGGGCGACCUGCAGCUGCUGGACCAAUGGGUACAACUGAAAAAGGCGAGGCACCACACGUGGCUGGGGUGAAGGCCUUCUUCAACGGAGAUCGCGAGACAUUUCUGCCAAAGUUCCGCGCGGGCCUGGCAGAAAUCGACGACGUCACCUUGCGAGCCAGGCGUUUACUGUUUCUGGCAGAGCACGAUGCCGACAACGCCAUCACGUACCUGCGCGAAGCUGUGAAGGCAAAGCCAGAGUCCCGACAGGCGCAUGUGGCAUUGUGCCUCGCGUUGGAGGAGGCCAAAGACUUGGAAGCUCUUCAGCAGGCAGUGGCCGAUGCCAUUGUAGAGGCCGAUGUGUGGACCGACCGAAGGCAACGACCACUUUGCUUCCUGCGAGAGCUCUCCUCCCAGCCCUGGUGGUGCAACGCAGCGGUCCCCUGGGUGCAGGACUUGGAACGCCUGUCCCCGCAGAUCCGACACCACUUGGAGGCACUGAUGCCCUUGCUCCAUCAUGCCAGUGGGCCUCAACCACCGUGGGCCAUGGUGGGUGGUGAACAUCGUCUGUCGGGAUCGCAGGACGGCGAAGCCGUGACGCAAGGCAGUUGGCAUGAAGUGGUGCUCUUCGGCUAUGGACACGAAAACCAGGAUGAGAUUUGUCGACCCUUGAUGAACAUCCUUCGGAAUUUGCUGCCCGACGCCGUGUCAUUGGCGGAGGCAGGCGCUGGCGAAGUGAUCCUCUCGGCGCUGGCACCUCAUACGGAGGUGGCGCCGCAUUGUGCUAGAGCGAACCAUCGAUUGACCGCUCAUUUGGGCUUGCUGAUUCCGACAGGUGACCCGUUCCUGUGUGGAAUUCGAGUGGGCGAAGAAUGGAGAUGCUGGCAGCCGGACAAAGUGAUGAUUUUCGACGACUCCUUUGAGCAUGAGGUGUGUAAUCGCAGCCCCUCCACUCGCGUCGUUCUGUUGAUCCGCUUCUGGCACCCCCAGUUGCAGACUGAAACUCAGCGCCUGGGAGCCUUGCAGAGGAUGCAGGUGGCGCUGGCGCAACAUCAGCAGCUCCAAGUGCUUCCGCCCUUGGCACCGGCCUUCCAAGAGCCCAGCCAAGCACUGGAGGAGCACUUCUUGGGCGAUGGUCUGUGUCCAGGCUGCGGCGCCAACGAGGGCGGCGACUUGAUCUUGGACGAAGAGCGGAAAUGCGUCAGGCUGAUCUCCCGCUGCUGUGGCCACGUGUUGCAGUGA